AUGGAGAGUACAAAUGGCACGAGUGGAAGUACUGAAAGCCAGGGAACAAGUAGACGGCUUCGUAAAGCACUGAAGAGGGACGCGAAAGAAAUCGUGCUCAACGUGUUCAAUUAUCUGAACAGAACUAUGUCGCAGGGAGAUGCACUCGCGCGUUGUGAAAGUAUGACAGACAUUCCAGAGUGGACCAUUCGCAGUGUGGUGCAUGAAAAGAAGAAAACUGGAGCUACUACUGAUCCAAAGUUUAAUUUGAAGGGACGAAAGGCCGUUAAAUUGGAUGACGAUAGCAAAAUGGCGUUAAGGCGAACCGUACAUUCAUUCUUCUUUAGGAAUGAGAUACCAACCCUGAAGGCUGUACAUGCAGCGAUCAAGGAAAAUGAAAUUAUACCCCAAAUGAGCGUCGAGGUAAUGAGGAAAUCCCUGCACGAAAUUAAUUUUCGUUACGAAACGCGUAAUCGGAAGUCAGUAUUGAUAGAGAGACCUGAAAUAGUCGCCUGGCAUCGAAAAUACCUACGCGAAAUUAACCGACAAGCAAGCAUUGAAGGUUUGUCAACAGGUCUUCGUGGACCGUCAGGGAAAGGUCAAAGGUUGAUCGUAACUCAUAUUGGUAGCGAUAGUGGCUUUUUAGAAGAGUGUGACUUGAUUUUCGUCUCUAAGAAAGGAGGUGAUUACCAUGACGAAAUGAAUGCCAACUGCUUCGAGAGCUGGUUUCAAGGGGUGCUUCAGCGAGUUGAGCCCAACUCUGUGAUCGUCAUGGAUAAUGCUUCCUACCAUAGUCGUCGAGCCGAACGUGUACCGACUAUGGGAUCUCGAAAAAGUGACAUGCAGCAAUCGUUGCGCGAAAAAGGAAUCCCGUUUGACGAUUCAUGUGUGAAAGCGGAAUUGUAUGAAACAAUUAAACAGCACAAACCUGCGAACAUUAGUUACGUGACUGAUGAGAUGGCCCGUCAAUGUGGUGUCACUGUGCUGCGGUUACCGCCCUACCACUGUGAACUGAACCCAAUAGAGCUCAUCUGGGCUCAAGUGAAGGGUUAUAUUGCUCGCCAUAACACAACCUUCAAAUUACCAGACGUUAAGGUUUUACUUGAGACUUCCAUACAGCUAGUAACGCCCGAAGCUUGGCAGAAUGCUAUCCGUCAUGUUGUGAAGGAAGAAACAAAAAUGUGGCAGCUUGACCACCACAUCGACACCAUCAUAGAGCCAGUCAAUUUCAACGAGGAAAGCGAUAGCGACAGUUUAUUACUGUCAGGUGUAAGUGGAAGCGACGAUGAAUAA